UUCUGCAUGAAAAGUUGAAUGGAUUUUUUUAAUCUCUCUUUAUGUUUCAUUUCCCCUGUACUUUAACAAGAUGUGAAAGUUAGUAAGAAUUUGUUACACUUAUGAAAGUUUAUCAAUUAUUUUCAGUAUCAUCAUCAGAUAUUAAAGUAAUCAAUUAACCAAAUGACAUAGGAAUGAAGACAACCGGAAUAGAUUGUGGAAAUAAAACAGAUCAAAUCAGUGAUUGGAAUUUAGAAUCAAGUUUAAAUAGUGUAGUCUCACGUGUACCAGGUUCCUUCUGGUGGUUUGAUACAUCGUCGAUAGAAUCUGAUGGAAUAAUCAAAAGAUAUUAUUGGCUUCGAAUUCCUGCCCAUGAACUCUCUACCAAUUUUCGUCAAAAACAUAAUGUUACUGAUCCUAUAAACAUUCAUUCAUCUCGGUUAUUGGCUAGACUAUUACUACUUCAUUAUAAUGAAUCAAUAAAUAUUUCAGGUGUUCAACUUACUCCACAAAAUCCGAAUCAGAUCAUAUGUAUUGAUUGUUAUGUACCCCAGAACGGAGGACAUUGGAAAGUAAUAUGGAGUGAUUUAAGACGAAACCUUGAAUUAUCAAUUGCAUCAGAUAGGGAACAUUGUGAUGUAUCGAAAAAAUUGAUAUCAGGAAUGCCAAUACAGUUAGGGCCCGGUUUACGACUUAUCGGUUGGGCAUCUGGUCACUCAUAUUCGUCCAAAUCUUGUGAUGAUACAUUACCAGGCUGUGAGACGCACAGCUGGUGCUUUGUAAUGCCUAUAAAUAUAGAUCAUUUGUAUAACGUGACUGUACUGUUAUUAUUACCAGAAAUCAAGGAUGUAAAAAUUAACCCGCCUACGCAUCCCUUUCAAUCGACAGGAUUGGGUGGAAGUAUUAAUGAUAUAAACCUAUUAAACACCGACAAAUGUCAACCUUUCACAACAAAACAAUCCAAACUUACACAAAUUAGAGAGUCACAAUUCAGAAAAAAUUCAGACUUAUACAACAACAAUAGUAAUUUUUCUUUUACAUCAAGUCUUUUGGGAUUCGGAUCUAAAUUGGCUAUUAUCACGCAGCCGGAUAAUUAUCAAGGGAAAUUAGAUAUGAGUUCCAUUAGUGUCGAUUCAAUCUGUUCCCUUGAUGCAUUAGAUUAUCGUUGUCGUGUUGGUGAUAAACGAAAAUUCUGUCAAUACACAUACAUUAAAACACAAAGUGGUACUCCAGCCUAUAAAAAUGGAGCUUUUAUCGGUCAGCUAAAAAAUGAGCUUCAAGAAACAAAUCUAGAAUAUGACAAUCAAAAUAAAUUAUUUAAUGAUCAACCAUUCAUUCUAGAUCACAUCAAAGAAAUGAACUUAGAAGGAACACAUUUUGUAUCAUGCAUGAAACAUAAUGUAACCAUAAACUGUGAUUCUUCAGUAGUAUCCAAGGCUAAAAAUGAAAAUGGAUUUAAUUCAAAAUGUUAUGCUGAAAUAUAUCCACUUGAAGAAUUGGAAGUUGUAUGCUCAAAACAAACUAUUUCUCCUUUUUAUUUAUCUAAAUGUCAAAAAUCUCAAAGUAUAUCAAAUGUAAAUCAUAAUCAAAGUGGUUCAGAUCAAUCAGCAUUGUAUACAACGAAUUCAGAUUUAGCAAUCAGUAUAAGUGAAACAGAUCAAUUCAAUAGUCAAUCAUUAUUAAUUGAUGUUAAACAACAAACAAUGUCAAAAACAUUCACAGCUUAUUCUAUAUUUUCAAAUCCAACUGAAGAAUAUGAAAAUCGAACAAAUUUAUUAAAUAAAUUACUUGGAGAAUUAAAUUUAUUAUCACAAAUCAUUUUAAAUUUAGAUAGUAAUAAUAAUUAUUAUAAUGAAUCAUUAUGUAAUUAUGAUAUUCAUGAAUUAUGCAAAUGUAUCUUACAAGAUUUAACUGAAUUACAUAAUGAUGAAGAAGAUGAAGAAGAUAUUUGUGAUCAUGAAUUCAUGUUACCAUCAUCCCGAUUGCCAACAACACAGCAUAAAGAGCAAAUACAUGUGAUUUCAACGAUGAAUACUGAUGCUAACAAUAUGACUAGUAAACAGGAUACUAAUGAUCUAUCAGCCAUAUGCGUUCCUUUACCAGAUACCUGUCGAGUAAAAUCACCUGUUCCAUUGUUGGUUUUCUAUUUUGAAAUUUUAUCAGAGCUUAUGGAGUUGAAAGAUUAUGAAAGUAAAUGUUCAGAAGAUGAUCAAAUGGAUUUAUCUAGUCUAAUGGAUAUUUCAGCUGGGAUUUUGCGUCUUUUAGAUGUAGAUACUACUAAUAAUAAGAAUGAAAGUAAAAAAUAUCAUCAAGACAGUACAGUGAAUCUUUCAACUUAUAAAAACUGUGAUGUUGCUUUGCAUACUUUAAUACAAUUACAAGAUGCUUGGAUAGCAGCCCCAGUACUAAUCGAAAUGUUGAAUACACUAAAUAUUAAUGAGUCAAAUGAUGAUGUAAUAAAUAAUUCUAAAGAAUUUUAUGAAACAAUCCAACUUUAUUUAACACGUAUUCAAUCUGCAUUGAAUGUACAAAGGCAUGAAUUAAAAACACUAAUAUCAAAUGAUUUAUGCUUAAUUCUAGACAAACCUGUAAUAUCAUUUUCAAAAGAAAAUACAGUUGAAAAUUUUGAAUAUUUGUGUGGACUUGUAGUCGACAGUUCACUUACUGAUGAAUUGGAGUCAGAAAAACAAUUAUUUCUUUCAAUUCAAUGUAACUCGAAUGAAUUGUUUGAAAAAAUUCUUCAAUCGUUAGAACAACUUCCCCUUCCUCUGGUUGGUUUAUGGAAACAAAGGAAAAAGUUAUGUACUUCCAACUAUUCCAGUAGAAAUGAGAAACAAGAUGAAGUAGAUAAAAAUAAGAAAUCAUUCUUGGGUAUAACCGAUGGUGAUAAUGAUGAUGAUGAUGACGAUAAUGAUCACAAAUGGGAACAAUUUUAUGAAUUUAAUAAAUUAUAUUUAAAAUGUCUCACAACAAAUUUAAAUGAAGUGAAAUGUUUCGUUACUAUGGUCAGUGAUGCAACACCGUCACAAUCACAGUCAAUUACAAUAGUGAAAAACGACAAUGUUCAUAUUAAUUCUAUUAGUCAGUCUUUUAAUUAUCCUACCAUGCAUUUAUCACUGUUGAAUAAUUGUAAUUUAUUGAACACUAGCUGGCAACAAGAACAAAUAAAUAAUAUUGAUAAAGAACGUGAAAUUUUACAGGAAAAUUUCAAUGAGUUGAGGGUUCUAGCCGAUUUUCUUCAUGUCUUAUCAUCAUCAUCAUCAUCAUCGUCCCUAUCAUCUAGUCAUUCUUCUGUAAUAAAGACAUUUAAACAACGAAAAAUCUGGGAAGAAUUAAUCAAUGAAAUGAGAUCCACUUCAUCACGUGCAUUUGAACAGUAUACUUGUCUUGGGUUUUUAAAACAGAUUAUACGUAGACCCGGUGGAUUAUGGGAUUUGUCUAAUUCUUUAAUAGAACUAUUCAAUCAGUUAGAAAAUGCUUCUCAAUCACAUAGUUGGACAGAAUUAGAAUUGUAUAAUGUUGAACUUUCUAUUCGUCAUUUAAGUCAUCAAAUUUGGAUUGAAUUAACUGCAAUUGAUAAUUUAUCAAAUGAAUAUUUUAAUAAAACUGAAAAUAUUGGUAUAACUGAUUGGUUGGAAGCAUGGAUUUAUCGUUUACAAGAGAUAUAUCGGCUAGUGAUUAAUCAAUGGAUGGAGAAAAUGCAUCAAUACCGUAACAAUGUACAAAUUCAUACAAUUAAUGAUUGGUGUGAUUAUGUUUCAAAUUGUAUUGGUGAAUGUAAAGUGUUUCAUAAUCUAAUUCCUAAUUCGGGAUCUUCACCUUCUCAAAAUAACCAACAAUCAAAAAAAUACCAAUUUUUAGACAAAGAAUUUCAUUUUGCUAUACUUUGGUCUUUAUUAUGCGAUGCGGAUAUAAUUCAAGAGAAGUGUAAUGUUCAACUAGAAACAUCAUCCUCUUUGACUAGUAAACAAUUCACUCAAACAUUACAAGAAUUGAAACGAUAUUUAAACAUAUACAUUGAAAAGUUUAUUGUGUCAUCCAUGGAUAAUGCCAAGUCUACGCUACAUGAUUCUAAUCAUAACCUAAUUACACUACUUUUAAAACAAUUGGAAUACAGUUUACACUAUAUUCCUGAUCACUAUCGUGUAUUUUCCUUAGAAUUAAUUGAUAACACAUUUAACAUUUCACAUCAAUCUGAUCAGUUACGUGUCAUGUUACAACAGUUAAAACAUUUACGUAAUUUAUGCGAACGUAAUUAUCUACUAUGUAACCAAUCCUUAAGUCUUUUGCAUAAAAUAAGCUUUUCUAAUUUAAACCAAUAUGAAUCGAAUGCUGUGAAAGAUAUGCUUCGAUUGUUAACUACAUGGAGUUAUGGUUAUUUUGUUAUUCAUCAAUCGUUAGAACGGGUUAUUCGUGCUGGAGGUGUUACUGAAUCUGAAAGAUAUCCAUUGAGAGCAUUAAUAACAACUGAAUUACGUUCAAAAGCAAUUCAAAUGUUAAAACAGAAACAAGCAUUUAUAGAAGCAGUACAUUUUGGUUUGGAAACAAUUACAUUACAAACAAAGUCAUUAUCUAAUAAAUUACAUGAAUAUGAUUCAAAUUCAAAAUUGGCAAACAUUAAAAUUCAAUGUGAAAAUUUAUUUGAACAAUUAAAACAUCUUUAUUAUAAAAUAUUAGAAGAUGAUAGAUUGAAAAUAACGAAUAGAGCUGAAAUACCUGAUCAUGAUUUAAAUUGUUUAGUGAUAGCUCGAAAAAAUCAAAUAAUGGAAUUGAUGGAAUUCUGUCGAAAAAUAGAUCAAAUUAAUUGGAUCAAUUCUUGGGAGGGUUUAUUAGAAUAUACUAAUGAAUUAACUAGUGAACGAGGAUAUUCUAAACUAUGGAUUAUAUAUUUUCUUCAACAAUUUCAAGUAUUCUCAUCAAAAACUAAUUUAGAUGAAAUAUUUUUAUGUCAAAUAAAUCAAAUGGAAGAGAUUAUACAUGAUUGGUCAGAUUGGCUCAAGAAGUAUAUUUGGCCAUUACCAUUUCCUUAUCCAAAGAAUUAUUCAUGGACUCCAAUUAUAAUGUCUAUUCAUCCUUCCAUAAAUAUGAAAUCUCGUCAUAUUGAAUAUGAAAAAUCACUUAAAAUGGACUGUCAAAAUGCAGCAUUAAAAUUUAGUCAUAAAUUUAUGAAUUUAUCAAAUUUCUAUUAUAAUCAUAUUAAAAAUAAAUCUUUAAUUAAGAUUAAAGGAAUUGAUGAAAAUUACAAUGGGAUUUAUAAUAAUUUACAAGAGAAUAAAUUGAACUAUUCUAUGGAAUUAUUAGAUGUUAAUUAUCCAAAUGAAUUUUUACAAGAAAUUCAUCAUCUAUAUAAAUUAACAUUAUCAUCAGUAUCAUCAUCACUGUCAUCAUCAGCAUCACUGUCAUCAUCAAAUGGAAUAUCAUCGAAAUUUAUUAGAUCUACAUUUACAAAUGAACAAGUGAUUUGUCAAUGUGAUAUUUUAAAAUCUACAAUUAUUAAUCGUCUACUUGAAAUUCAAUCUUGUCUUGUCUAUGGUGAUCAACUUACUUUGAUGAUGAUUGAACAAAUAAUGUUUGAUUUAUUCGAGAUACAAUUACCUAAUCAAAGUAUUCUAGAAGGGGAUUCAAAAUCUCAUAAAUUAUGGAUGAAUAUUUAUUCUGAUUGUAUGAAAUAUUUACGGAAUGGUUUUACAAAAUCUUUAUGCGCUUUACUUACAAGUGAUUCAAAAUCAAAUGCAUUUAAUAAUUUACAAUUUGUCAAUGAAUUCGACAUUCCAGGCAGCCCAAGUUUCAGUAAACGUUGGCAAAAGAAACUACAAAUAGACAAGUUAGAACAAAAUACAUCAGAAUCAGAGAAACAAUUUCCAUUCUUUAUACACUUGAUUAUUUUAUACAAUUUAUAUGAUACAUGGCAGAGUAUUGUCAAGAUUGCCGGAACAAUUAUAACUUCUAAAGAAUCCACUGUAUAUAAUCCUGUACUUCUACAAUGGAUAUUAACUACGCGUCCUAAAUUUGCUGAAGCUAUCCUAAAUUAUCCAACAAUUCAACUAUCACAUAAUUAUCAAUGUAGUCACUGUUUAUGUAAAUCAAUACUUGAUACCUUCUUAUCUAUCGAUGAAGUCCAAUUGAAUAAUUUAUUUAGAGAGUUUUCAAGUCAAUACGGUUGUAUUGAUUAUUUACUUUUAGAGUCUGUGCAUAAUCUAAAUGAUCGGAUCACAUUGUGUAUACAGAAAAUUGAUGCCUAUCAUUUACAGUUGAGAAAUAUCGCAAAAUUGAAGCUUCCUAAUGAUCAAGAUACAGGACUCACCAAUAAUCUAUUGAAAAAUUUUGAUCAUGUGAAUUUGGCUGAUUCAAAUACUUUAACUUUACGUCACGCUUUAUCUCAUUGGAGUGGAGUUCUCACUAAGAAACUUGCCAAUGGUCAUAAUUUUAAACGACGUUUAACUUAUUGCUCAGAGAACCUACACUCUUUACUGCUCAAUCUAAAAUCUGCUAAAACAAUGGAAACAAAUGAUUAUGUAGAGAUUGAGGUAACUAAAACAAUUAAACUUUUUGGAGGAAUUCAUGAAGAUAAUGCAAAUGAAAUGAAUGCCUUUCGAGAUCAAUUAUGUAUAGCUGUACCACAAUUAACAGGAUAUCAUUUAUCUAAUUUAAUAAAAGCUGUAGAUCAUUUGGAAAUAUUAGCUAGUAGAAAUUUAAAUGAAUCAUAUUGUCCAACUGAUCCUGUUGAAAAAAGACAUCCAGAGUUAGGUGGAUAUUUAAAGCAUGCUGGUCAACGUUUAAUGGAAUUGGAAACUUGUUUAGAACAUAGUCGUGAAGCUGCCAGUAUUCUUAUCUAUUUUGAAUAUGAAUCUCAAUUUUGGUCGACAUCACUAACAUCAUUAACAAGUAAAAAUAACUCCAAUCACGAAGCUUUACAUAAACGUGGUCUUCUUUUACAGUCUAAAUUUAAAAAUUCUCCAAUAGCUAUUAAACUUCAUACAGCAUGGGUGAAAUUAACACAAUUAGGUGACCGUCUUGGCCGAAUACAGGCUGGGUUACCUGUUCGUCCAUCUGAGACAAAUGGAGUAGAGCAUUGGCAUCAUUUAUCUCCAACACAAACUCAAUCACAUCUUUCAACUGAACUCCGAACAAAAUUAAUGAAAAGUGAAACGAAAAGAAUUUCUAAAUGCAAAAAAGAUGAUUCGGACGUAUUAACAACAGAAUUUCCUUACGUUAGUGCUGAUACGUUACGUCGCAAACAAACUAAUCUAAGAGAUGCAUUAGGAUCACAUAUGUGCGUUCAUCCUGAUUGCAAAAUUUCAACAGGGGAAUGCUUAUCACCUCAUACUCAACACAAUGAAAGUCAGUUAAACAUUCAGAAUAAAUUGAGUGGAUAUUUAAAAACCCUUAAUCGUGAAGAGUUUCAACGACAAAGAGAUUCAAUUUCAAAGUCUGAAUUAUGUGAUCUGGUUAAGUAUGCACGUCGGUUACGCUGGCAUAAGUCACAUAGUUUGCAGUCAGAGUAUCAAGAACUAAAAAAUCUUAUUAACGAAUUAGUAAAAUCUAAAUAUCCUAAGAUUGCUAUUAUUCAAGAAUAUUUUCAGUCCUUAGAAGAGUUAUGGUUUGGUGUGGAGAAAUCCCAAGAAAAUUUAAAUAGCUGUACAGAUGACGCUAGGUCGUACUCAAGAUUAUCGAUUCCACAAAACGAACCUGAACAAUAUUCAAUUAAAUCUAUCAAUGCGGAGAUACAAAUCUAUGUCUUCACACUCUACAACUUUAACGAGUAUUCCAAACAGUUAUCAUUCUACGUCACAAAACUAUACAACUCCUCUUAUCCAAGACAUGACGAUAAACUUUCAAAUAAUGAUCCACACUUAGUUGAAAAACAAACGAAUAGUUCAUAUGAUGAUGAAUGCUGUGAUUGGACAUGGCGUGAAAUGACAACACAUGGAUUAGACCCACAACCACUUGUGUUUCCCUCCUCUGCAAAUACAAAUCCUAGCUAUGAAAGUGUAAAUGAAAUAAAAACAUAUGAUCGUACUAAUACAGUUGAUUUACAAUUAAAAAAUGAAACUGAUAAAUUUUCCGAUGAUUUUAUUAAUAGAAUGAUUAGUGAAUUAUCUUCAACUACUUCGUCAUUUCAAAAGAUUUCAUCGAAUAUAAAUGGAAAUAGUUCAGAAAUUUUAUCUAUUGAAGAAAAGAAUACCUUAUCUGUAGACAACAAAACCCCCUUGAAUAUACACAAUCAUGAAAUAAAACUUUUACCAAACAAUAAUUCAGAUAGUAGUAAUCAAUUACCGGAAGUUAUUUCUCCUAAUUUCAAUCAUAGAAAUUCGGUUUUACAAUUUAAUAAACUUUCUAUUGAAGUCCCAUUAUUAUCAAACAAUGUCGAAAGAGAUUUUGAAAUUAAAUCUCACCCUCUGGAAAUUCAUUCUCAUAGUGAACUAACAAAUUUGACGACUGAUGAUACUCAUAAAAACUCAUCAAAUAUCUGUGUUAAUGACAAAACAUCAAAAGGACUAAUUCCUAACAAUAAUAAUAAUCAAGUUCUUUUGAAUACUCAAGCUGGAGAUUCAUUAAUUGAAAAUAUUACUAAUGAAAAAAGCGAAGAUGUAAUCAAUAGAUUCUCACCUAAUACAACAUUGGAUUCAAAUUCAAGAUAUGAAUCUACUAGAAAUAAUUCUACUUUAUCGAAUAGACAAUUACAAACUUCUUUAUCAAAUAUAACUUCAACUACAAUAUAUAACAUUGAUAAACAGUCAGAAUUUCAUGAUGUUAACGUUAAUGGUUCAAUUUUCUCAACUUCAGUCAAAACAACAACAGCGACAACAAUUAGCAUUAAUUUAACUGAGCAUAAAUUGAAAUCUGACCAAAAGGAGAUUAAUACAGAGACAAUGGAAAGUUGUCUACCAACUUCAUUAUACAGAACAGAUCAAUCAUCGGAAUCUUUAUUCUCUAUACCACAAACAUCGUCAAUACCAAAUUGUCUUCAUCCUACUUUUUCUACUGUGAAAAAUCUCAAUAUGAGAAAAACAUUUAACGAAAUCUACCAGUGUCGUCAUCUUGGUUCAUCUUCCAGUUUUCAUGAAGGUAACAAUGUUAUUGAUAAUAACAAUAAUAUCAACUCAAUGUGUGGUUUAUGCGAUCACAUGAGUAAUUUACAUACACUUAUUUCUAAUCUACAAUCACAUUUAUUAUCGAAUCGACAAAAUCGACUAUCCAAUCUGUUACCUAUUGAUGUACAAUCAUUCACAUUGACAUCAUCAUCAAUUUCAUCUUUAUCCACCUAUUGGUCACCUAUAAUUAAAGAAUAUUUAUCAAUUCUAUGUGAAAUUAAAUCAGAACUUGAUUCGUUCCAGCCAUUAGUUUCUAUUACGGUGUAUAAAACUAUUUAUUUACCAGUAUAUAAAUCAAUGAUUGAUUUGCUAAAUUUAUGGAAUUGUAGAUUACAUGAUUUUCUAUGUCUACGUUCAUCAAACUCCUCUAAAUCUGGUGUUGAUAUAUCACAAACACGUUGGCUUACACUAUUUAUCAGCCUUAUACAACACAAUGAAAUUCAAGUGGAGCAUUUGAAAUCAUUAUUCACAGGUUUACUGCAUGAUAUUGAAAAUGAAGAUAAUGAGUCAAUGAAAAGUGAUUUAAAUAUUGAUAAUAAUGAUGAUAAGAGUUUCUAUUUAUCACAAACAAUCCAAGAUGAAGACAAUUCAUCCUAUAUUCGAAAAGAUUCAAAUGCAAGGUUGAAUAAAUCAUCUAGAAAUGAAUAUUUAAAUGACCUGAAGACUAGAUUAUUUUCGUGUGAUUUUGAUGAUCAACAUACUGUGCAACUGUCACUACAGCAACCGGCACCAUUAAAGCCACUGAUUACUUUUCCAAAUGAAAAAAUGAAUCAUUCAUUCCAGACUCAAAUAACGAAAAUAGACAGUGUGCAUAAACCAUCCACUGUUGUUACUACGACUAGCAUCCAUGAAAAAACAUAUAAAGAUAAAGAACAAACAGAUGGAGAAUUAAGUAAUUUCGAUCAAAUGUCAUUUGAACAAUAUUUGUGUAAUCUGCCUCAGAAUAUUACAGGCAAAGUAGUUAGUAGUAUAAGUUCAACUGAUAAAACGUUUACUCAGGAAACUACUUGUACGACGAAAGUUUCUGAAUUUAAACAAGAUAUUCCUCCAACCAAUCAAAUAACAACUCGAAAAGAUAGAAUUAAAAAGACUAGAAAACGUAAGUUAGGAGAUGAAGAGUUUUCGGAGAAGUAUGAUAAUGGUGAUGUCAAUCGUAAAGACACUUGCAAUAAUAAUAUUGUGAAUAACAAACCUUGUGCUUUAACAUACUUACCGAGAAUGAUAGAUAACACACUUUUAGGUGAUCAAAUGUUAAAAAACGAUAUAGAUAUUGAUGGAGUGAACCAUUCUGAUGAGCAACUAAACCUAUCACUAUAUUCUAGUUCUUCAGUUCCAAACAGAACAAGGUCGUACAAUGCUAGUCAAAUUGUCGUACAAGAAUCUGAUGAAGUAAAAAAUUCUGUAAUUCAAAACAAUAAACGACAUAAUCGGAUGACUAGUUUAGGCAAUGAAUCAACAGAAACAAAUGACCUGACUAACAUCAAUGAUACAGUGAAGCAUGGCGGUGAUCUGGAAGCAAUACUCAAAUCAGAUGAGAUAAUCAGUCACCCAAACAAAUCAGAUGACUCAUCACCGUGCGUUACUUUACAGUUAAAUAACCCAAUAUCAGUAACAGACUCAAAUGCAGUAACUAAUCAAUGUGACAGACAUUCUGUCGAUGGUAACUUGAAAAGUUCUCAUCAUAAUGAUAAGCAAAUGCCUAUACGUGUUGCUUUACCAGAUACAAGAUUGUUGAAAGAAAAUGAUAGAAGUUAUCCUCAUAUUACCUGCAAUACUUCAUUUAGUCCCGAAAAAACUCCACCUGUUGUCGAGGUGUGCACUGCAUUAAAAUCUGAACAAGAUGCAGAAACAAAUAAAACAAACAAGCAAAUUUGUACGGAUAAUCCAAAUAGCAUACGUUUGGAAUCAGCGAAAUUAUUAGUUAAAAGUAACACAAAUCGAGAUCGGAAUAUUGAAACUAGUAAUUCUUCAAAAUUUACUGAAAACACAGAAAAUAACAAUGAUAAAGCGGAAAAUGAUAGUGAGGAAAUAAGUGAUAACAUAUCGAGAGACAAGCGUCAUUUUCCCCCUAUGGAUUCUGUUCAACACGAUAAAUCCAAUAAAGAUUAUGAAUGUCUAUCAUCGAGUGUCUCUACAACGACCAAAGAUGGAAUUCGUUCAUAUCAGUUAAAAGAUGAUAUCCCAAUGUCCAAAGUUAAUCCACCACAGUCGGAUACAGAUGCGUUUGUGAAAACAACUAUCAAGAUUAUCAGUAAUAAUACUGAUAAUAGUGUGAGUUCACCAUCUUCACUCACAUCUAAUUUAAAUAAACCAAUAAACGAUCCGCAUAAAUUUACACCGGCUAACAAGAAGUUACGUAAAGCAAACCGGAAGGCUGCAAAUAAUCAUCGAGUUAAACGUGUAAUGACUGGCAACCUUAAAAAACCCACAGAAAUAAAUGGAUCCCCCGAAGAUUGUCCAAUAAGUCAACCUGAGAGUUUCAAUAACAAACAAUCGAAUAUAUCUGUACAAUCUGAGCGGCGUUCCAAACUAGAUAAUGAUUCAACGUCACAUUCUCCAUCUACACAAGAAAUAUUGACUACAGAAAUCCCGACAACAAUAUCAUUAAAACCUGGUUUCUUUGAAAAAUAUCAAAUAAGGUCUGACCAUAACAAAACUCAACCAGAUUAUACUGAUCAGAAUGAAUUCGAUACUUCUGAUCACCAACAUUGCAAUUGUAGACCAAAUACUGAAAGUCCUUUAGUAUCUCCUACAUUGAUUGAUUGUACAAAUUUAUAUGAUCAAACUACUGAGAGUUGUUUAACUACUCAUGAUCCAUCAGUCAUAUCGAUAGAAAAUGAGAAAAGAAAAAUUGAUGCUUCAGUCAGAUUGGAACUAACACACAAAAAUAAUGGUGAUUCAUAUUUAUUCAAAAAUAAACUUGAUACCAAGGAAAUUGAACAAUCUAAAUCCCCGUUAACUGAUACAUCAUAUCAAAUGGCAUAUUUGAAUAAUCCUCCCAUUGAUAUAAAACACCAUGUAUAUAAACAAGGGAAACAAAUGAAAGAAUCAUCAUUAAACAAUCUGAUGAAUACUUCUAAUCAAUACAGUGAAAUUGAUUUAUUGAAAAACAAUUUUCUCAAUCAAUCAGAACAUGUUUAUCAUCAGAGUAAUGAUGAGAAUCUUGAUAAAAAUAUUUAUGAUCAUCAAUAUCAUGAUAAACAUAAUCGUCAACAUAAUCUUCCGGAGCAUGGAAAACAUCAACAAGUAUAUAAAGUAGAAAAUGUUCAUGUUUUACGCAAAUUUCCCAUGAUAAAUCAAUAUAAUGAUCUGAAUAAAAAUCAUCUAACUGUAAGAGAAUUAAUAACGAUAUUCAUGAUCAAAUUGACAAGUGACUCAUUAAUCACUAAUAAAAACUGUUUAGAAUCUAGAGGAGAACAGCAAGUAAUGUCAAUAAAUAUGGCUCUUGAAACUGACUUACAUGGAAGCAAAACUAUUACUGUAAAGAAUAAAUCACAGAGAAGAAGACGAUGUUGUCGAUCACUACCAUGUCUAUUAUUGUUAUUACCUCUUAUAUUUCUUUUAUUAUCAUUAUUUUGUAUAUUUAUUCUACCCGACUGUCCUUUAUUCCUACCCUGGUUCAUGUGUAAUGAAAAACAUCCUAUUGGUGAAUGGAUUUACAGUCCGAUUGUAUUCCAUGAACAUAAUCCACCAUUUUAA